UACAAAUAAAUAAUACAAUUUUAAAAAUGUUAACUUUUUAAAAAAAAUUGUUGUCGGAUAAAAUUGAUUUAGAUAGUAGAUACCUAAAUAUUUUGUAUUAAAUGUCAGAAGAAUUAAACACGAACUUAACCAGUGGUAUGAAGUAUUCUUUUCAUGUGAUAUUAUAAUUGUAAUUUUCGAAAUGACUAAUCUAUAGAACUAUAAGCUUUAUAGAUUCAAUAUUCUCCGUGUACAAUGGAGUUGUCAAAAACUCGAAGAAGUGUUGGAAAGGGUAAGUACCUAUUGUUUAUUUUGGCUUGAUACCAUUUAAUGAUUAUCCAUUAUUUCAUAUUUUAAUUGUAGCAGGCAGUGUUGAAAAUAUUUUAGUAAAUAUAUUGAAAUAACAUUUUAAUUUGUAGGUAUUUUAAAAAACAUUUGCUAUACAUUUAAUUUUUUUAAUAGAUAUAAUUAAAUUUUAUCAAGUAUCUAUGUUUUUAAAAAAUGCAUGAACACUUAAAAAAUAUAACUUAAUAUUUUAAACUUAAACAAUUAAUAUUAUUGUUUAAUUGUGUCAUUUACUUUUUAUAUCUAACCACAUUAUUUUAAUGUAAAUAAAUUGAAAUUUAAAUUAACCUUGUUAUUUCACACAGUGACCAAUCAAAUUAAAUAUUUUAAUUGAUUGUCAAUAUUAAUCAAUUAAUUCAAAUAAUACAAAUAUUAAUUGGAUUUAUACAAUUAAUUUUAGCCAUUGUGAUAUACUUUCUAAAACAAAAUACAUUAUAUGAAUUGAUCAUUGGCUAUCAGUUAAUAAAUAUAAAUAAGAUAAAAUAUAAAAUAAAUAUAAUAUAAAAUAAAUUAAAACAAAUUUUUAUUUUUUAUUGUAUUAAAAUUAUAAACUAUUAUAGUUAAUAGAUAGUACUAUAAUUAUUUCUUAAAUAUGUGUAUGUAUAUACAGUAUUCAUUAGUGCAAUACUAGUAACAGUAUUAUUUAUAAAUGUGAAAUAUUACAAUUAUACUGUAUUUUUAAAAAUAUUAAUGUGAUAUUUAUUUUAGAAAAAAUGUCAUUUUCGGUACGUUUUAAUGCAGAAGAUGAAGAAGUUGAAGGGUUAUAUUCAACUCCUAUCAAAUUGCAAUCAACAGGUAAUUUGAAUUUGCAUAGAGAUAAAAUAUAAACAAUAUAAAUUAAACAAAUUCCCAUAAAUCAAAUUAUAGUUAUUACUUAUUUGUUUGGAAUGAAAUAGUUUUUUUCAAUUUUUCACAUAAUACAUAAAUUAUAAAUGUUUUCAAGGGGAAAAAAAAUGGUAGUUAUAUUUAUUAGAAUAUUUUGUUAAUAUUAGGGUCGACCGAAGAACAAUUAAAAACACCUGACCAAUCGUUAGGUAGUUCACAACAUUUAGGUCUUUUUGGCUUAAAAAGAUCAUCUAGUUCAGAUGCCGAAUCUUCUCCAUGUGAUACAACUAUCAGACGUCUUGAUAGUUUUUUAUCAGAUAUUAAAGAAGGAAUAUGGAGGAGUGAGAGUGGCGGUGAUUUAAGCAUGACGUCAAAGUAAUACUAAUACAAAUUAAUAAUAAAAGAAAACAUACCCAUUAAUUAUGUAUUAUUAGGAAAACUGAUGACUCAGGUCAAGACGAUGAUUCCAUAUCAAUUAUAUCAAAUGAAGUUGAUGGAGUUGAAGAAGAAACUGAACAAAUACAAUAUACUAUUCUUGAUAGAAAUUUGUUUGGUAUUCGUCGCAGACGUACUAAGGUAAAAGAAAAAACACAGUCAGACGAUGAUAUAGAGACGGCAAAAGAUGCUUUAGAAGACAUACAACUUAAAUCAAAUAGUUUAUCAAUAAUUGCACAGAAUUUAUUAGAAACACAAUCAACAAGAACAAGAGACAAAAUUAAAUAUACUAUAUUUAUUUUGUUUGGAAUAACAGGAUGUUAUUUAAGCUACAAAUAUAUUCCACUAUAUUUAGUAAGUUUCAAAUGUUUAAAUAUAUAUAUAUAUAUAUUUAAUAAGGAUAAUUUGUAUACCUACUAAUAAUUGAAUAACAGUAGUACAGGUAUAAAUUUGCUAAAAUAAAAUGUGUGGGUUUUUCAAAAUAAUCCUAAAUUUUCAAGAUUUUGUACGAUAUGUGAUAAUUAGUUAUAAAUAAUGUAGUACAUAGGCUGUUGAGAACUUAUCUCUCUUUGCUCACUUUGAUGCAAAAACAUAGUGUAAUAUUAUUUUAAAUUGGAACAUGAUAAAGUAACCCUAAAUUCCUUACAUAAAAUCUAUAAAUUAGAUUUUACAUGUCGAAAGAAAAAAAAAUGUGCAUAGUAACUUAAAAUUUUUAUUUUUUAAUUUAGUAAUUACACCAUUAUUAUUUUCAGUGUUAUAUAAAAUUAAAUUAUCAAAUAUUUUAAAAUUAGGUAGUAUAAGUUUAUACAUUUUUUUUUCAGAACACUUUUGUGCUUGGUAGUUUUCUUGCUUUCAAGUUUAGACAUGUUUUGGAAAUGUUUACCAUUCAAGAUUUUAAUAAGAACCAGUUCCCAAAGAGUAUAGACUACAUUCCAGAUACUGAAAAUUCUAUUGUACGAUCAUUAAAAGGAUUAUAUGAUUUAAAUCCAUGUGUGCUAUUGUAUAAAGUAAUUAUGAAAAAUAAUUAAAAUGAAUUUGUUUUAAAGUUAAGUAAACUGUUAUCAUUUAAACAGGGAUGGAUGAAUCAAUUUUUGUAUGAUUAUCGUCCAGAAACGUAUCGACUUUCACUUACAGUUUCUGUAUAUGUUAAACUAAAAGGAUCAAUACUUAUUAUGUCUUAUCCUUAUUAUAAAGUACAUAAAAGGUCUUUAUAUAAUGAAACGAAACCAAAAUUGUUAUUUGUUAAAGAAUGCAUGUAUAAGUUGUCUCGAUGUAAUAUUACUCUAUUGCCUCAAAACUUAGUAAAUAAAAGGUAUGUUAUAAAUAUUUUUAUAUUAAAAACUAGAAUAAAUUAUUAUUUAUUAUUUUUUAAUUUUCUAGAAAAUGGAGUAAAAAAUAUCCUAUUUGUAUAGAACUAAAUUCAGAUUCAUUAAUCGGUGUUCGCCGUGCAUCAAAAUUUAAAAAAUUUGUCCAAGAAAGAGAUGAAUGGCUAUGUAAAGAUUACGUUACACCAUCAUUACAAGCAGGUAAAAAAUCUUUAAUUUUUGUUUUUUAGUAUUUUAGUCUGUGGAUAAAAAUUAUCUUUCUUUACUAUAGCUUUUCGACAACCAAUAUCAUCAUAUAAAUAUUUUUUUAACUAAUGGUUGUAAUAAUAAUUAAUCUGUAUAAAUUAAUUAUUAAAAUUGUUUUAUCAAUAUCUAGUUAUACAACAUUAUUUGACUAACAAUAUUUAUUAUAGAGACUUAUUAUGAAGAAAUGUUGGGAUGUGGUACAUUUGACUUGAAAGAUGAUUAUGACUUAAAAGAUGAAAGUUGCUAUUUUGAUAAUAAAUUAAAUGAUAGAAAAAAAACGAAAUUAGAUGUAAGUUUAUAACCAAUUAAAAUUUUAAAUUGAUAUUUAUUAAAGUUUAAAUAAAAUAUUUAUUUUUUAAAGUAAUUAUUUUGUGAGUUAACUGUAUAUUUAAAAUGUUUAAGUAUUGAUUGUGCAUGAAUUGCAUAAUUAUAUUAAAUUUGUUUACAUUGAUUAUUCAUUAAAUGUUUAAUAUCUACAUUUUAGGUAACUCAAAAAGAUCCUAAAAAUGAACGCAAGAUCAAUGAACAAGAACCAAGUACAUCUAAAAUUGUUGAAAAGUUGAUUGAUUUUGAUGAGGAAAACGAAGUUGAUAGUGUAUGGAAAACGGAUUCUGAUAAAAUAUAUUUAUUUGCUAGAAAUGAUCCAGAGAAGGAAUUAUGGUUUCACCGAUUAAAUUUUGCUGUUUCAUUUGAUAUGCUGACUGUUGAUGAACCAAUCAAUAAGAAAAAGAUAAAUUUUGAAGAACAUGAUAAAUAUCUCAAAGCUUAUCUUGCUUACAUGGCUAACCUUUAUGAAUUAUCUACUUGUUCAGUAUUGACUGAUAACUUAAAAAAAAAAGAGGUUGGGUUUAUUUACAGUUUAUUUUAUUAUUUUAUGAAAGUUAGUUGUGUGUGUGUAAUAUAUAUUAUGUAUAAGUCAUGCAUACCAAUAAGCUAUUGAUAUUACAUUUUAAUAAACAACUAUUUCAGAAUCCAUGGCAACUUUUUCUAUUAUAAACAAAUAAACUUUUAUACACAUAUUUAUUUUGUAUACAAAUCUCAUAUAGAUUAUCUCAGAUUUCAUUUUUUCUCACCUUUCAUCUUUAGGUUAUUUUAAGGAAAAAAGUAAUAAUCUUAAACCCCUCUCUUGAUACAACAUUUUUUUAAAUUCUCAGUCUCUUGCCAUUUCACCUAUUAUUUUAUUAAAUUUACUGACUUUUAUUAUAUUAUUUUAUUUUGUUUAGUUUAUUUGCGCUAUUUUUUUUUUUCAUAUUAUUUAAUAUUUUACUAUUUUGCUCAAAUAUUUAUUAAUCAAUUAAUAUGUGUAAACUAAUUGCCAUUAUAUGUUUUGAAGAUUAGCUUUCCUACUAUGUGAAUUAGACUUUUAUGAUUUUCAAUUUAUGUGUUUAAAUUAUAUUGAAUUAUUUUUAGAUUUACUGUAUUUUGAUAAUAAAAAUAAAUAUGGUUUUAGAAAAUAAUGCCAGCUCAAAUUAAUGAGAUUUCUGAUGACCAACAAUUUUUAUGGUUAAAUAUGCUUUUGGGACGUAUAUGCUUUGAUUGUUUACAAAAUCCUAAAGUACUUGAAAUGAUUGUUGAUAAAUUUCAAAAGAAAUUAAAUGCUAUAAGGGUAAAUUAUUUAAAUUUAAAUAAAUGUUUAACAUCAUAUUAAUGUUUACUUUUUUAAACACAGUUACCAAAAGUAAUGGAUAUGCUUGUGAUUCGAAGUUUAUGUUUUGGGAAAGGAGAGAUUCCAAUGAUACGCCGAGUAUCAAAACCCUGGGUUGAUCAUCGAGGAAUAUGGUUUGAACUUGAAAUUGUAUAUCAUGGAACAUUUCAAGCAUCAGUUGACACUAAACUUAACCUUAUGAAAUUAAAAAAAGAAGAAGCUCAACAGCAAAAAGAAGAAAUGUUAUUAUUUAAUUUUAUUUUUAUUUUUAUUAUUCAACAUCCAAACAGGGAAAUAUUUUAUUAAAUAGUAACAUAUUGGGACUUAGCAGUUAUGUACUGCAGUUGUUUUCAACCUGUGCCGCUGCGGCUCCCAGGGGCGCCGUGGUUUAGUAUCAAGGGAGCCGCGUCUAUAGUAAAUAUAGUAGAGUAAUACAGUAAAGUUAUUUGCAUACAUUUUUAUAUUAUCAUUAUUCAUAAGGGAGCCGCUAAUUUGGAUUUCAAAAUCAAGAGUCCAUGGACCCAAUAGGUUGAAAACUACUGAUAUACAGGUUAUCCUACAAUGAUUUAUAAAUUUAAGAUAACGUUUGUUCUAUUUAAUAUUUUUAAUGUAUUUUUUUCUAAAAUAACUAUUAUUUCUCUGUGUUGCAGUUAAUAUAUUAUAAUUUUCUUUUUUAGUUUGGGGAACUUAAAAAAAAAAUUUUAAUUUUACUAUUAAUUUUUUUAAAAAAUUCCAAAUAGCCAUUUUAUAAAAUUUGAAACAAUUAUUUAGCACAUGAAUUUAUUUUCCAUGAAUAUAUUAUUAUACGAUAAUAAUAAAUUGGUAUUAAUUAAAUAUUUUAAUAGCUAAUAAACCACAAUAAUUGACAAUUGCAAAAAAUGUUAGAAAAUAAAAGAUCAUAACAAAAGUUUCAACCACCAAAAAUAAUCUAAACAAAUUAAAAUUAAAUUUUAAAUUUUAAUUUAAAUUCUCUAGGCUAAAAAAAAUAUUUAAUAUAUUAACUGUAGUGCAGAAGUAUACAUUUUAUUAAAAAAAAUAUCCAACAGAACAAAAGUUAUUUUAAGUGUCAGAUCAUUGUGGGAAACUCUGUAUAUCUUAGUGAAAUGUAUAUAAAUAUAUCUCAUUAAGAUGUACCAAAUCAAAUUAAAAAGUAUCAAUUUUGUCAGAAUUAUUAUUAUUUUUACAAUAAAAUAAAUAAGCAGUGUUAAAAUCCUAUUUCCCUUUCCUAAUCUUAAAAGAAGAAUCUCGUAUUAUAUAUUAACUUAUAUUAUAAUUGUAGAAGAAGAGCUGUGUAUGAUUCUAACCAAGAAGAUAGUGGUGAAACAUCAAAUGAUGAAGGUCAAUCACGGGAGGAUGUUAAUUUUGCUGAAAGAUUAUUUGAACAACAGUCAUUAAAUGAACCUCCACCGCCUCAAGGAAGUCGCAUUACUAGGUUUAUGGAAAAUUGCUCUUCUGGUUUUCUUGAAUUGAAAUUUGUGAGAAAAGUUUUUGAAAAUGUUGCCAAGAAGGAUUUGACUCUUGUAAUCAAUGUUAAGCAAUUAGUUGGGACACUUAUUGUCAAUUUGCCUCCACCACCAACUAAUCGUGUUUGGUAAACACCUAUUAUUUUAAUAAGACAAUUUGAUACUAUAGUAUAAUGUCAUGUAUAGAUAGGUACCUGUACCUAUCUUUUUACCCUUUUUAUACCUUUUAUUUUCGACUAGUAAUGGAUUAAUUAUUUGGUAAAAUAUAUACUUUUAUCUAUUAAAAUACCAUUGUCGCACUAUACCACAACAGAUAGGUCAAUGAGCUUUAUUUAUUUUUACUAAAAUGCACUGUUCUUAAAAUCUGUUAUUUGGGGGCAAUGAGAUAUAGUAAAUUUGUAUUAUUAAAGUACAUGUAUGGUGUCACACAUUGUUUAUUUUCAUAGUUUUUGUAUCUACUCAUUAGUAAACCAUUUGUUUUAAUGUCAAGGGUUUUUGCCUAACUGUAGGUAUUUGUUAAUAUACAUAUCUAUAUCAUAGAAUGUAUGUAUGUAUUUCUAUGUAUCAUAUUUGAUACAUAGAAACAUAGAUACAUGUUUUUUUUAUUAGUAAUUGUACACAUAUUUCUUGUAACCUUAUGCACUAAUGCCUUAUAUUUCAUUUUAAUUUAGCUCUGUAAAUUAAUUUAUUAGGAAAUUUAUAAAUAUAACUAAAUAAUAUUAUUUUCUUUCUUUAGGGUGGCUUUCAAAGGGAGUCCACAAAUUAAUUUUGAAGCUAAGCCAAAAGUAAAUGAUACUAAUGUUCCACUUAUGGAUGUGCUUACUAAAGCUUUACAUAACAUAUUAAUCAAAGAAUUUGAAGUAUAUUUAUCAAUUAUAAUUAUUAAAUUAUAAAAUAUUAUGUACUUAUGCAAUUUGUAUAUGUACUUUGUUUUUGCAGAAAGUGAUUGUUCUACCAAAUAUGGUAGAUUUUUCUAUACCAAUGAUGAGUAGUGAAUAAAUUCUUUUAUAUUAGAGCUUCGCACAAAAAGGGUAUAAAUUAGAAAAAAAAUAAAAAUGUAAUUUUAAGUUUUUAUAAAAAUGUGCAAAUUAACAUUUGUUUGUUACCAUUCAAUAAUUAAAGUAAAAAUUAAAAAUACGACUGUGAUAAUGAUUAUUAUUUAAGUAUGUCUAAUUGUUUCAUUGUGUACUAUGUUUUCUUUUAGUCCGUAACAACUUACAUUAUUUUAAUCAUAAUAUAAUGUUUUACGGUAGUAGUAUCUUAGUAGUUUAUUUUUAUUGUAUGAUUUAAAGUAGGUUGAUUAGUAAAUACAUAUUAAAAAAAAUCCUAAAUUUUAAAGGCUGCAAUCUAAUCGAAUUACUUAUUAUUUUUUUGUAUACUAUAUCUAUUUUUAAAUCUUGUAUUUUAUUAUAUAUAUAUUUUUUUUAUGUAUAUUUAAUGAGGUUGUUAACAGAUAAUACUUAUUUACACGUUAUCAUUUUCCAGUUUUGUAUGUGUUUAUUUUUUGGUGGAUACAUUCAUUCAUUCAUUUUUGAACACUAUAAUAUUUAUAUGCAAUGUUUUUAAAUUUAUUAAAUAAUUAAUUAUUUAUAUUUUAAGUAAAUCAAAAGUAUUUUAUAAUAUUAGUGAAAUAUAACUAUUUAUAUAACUAAUUAUAACUAUUCCAUACAUAAAAAUAAUCUUUAUUAAUAAAUACAAUUUUUUAAUUAUAAUUUAUUUAUUCAAAAAAUUAUUUUAUUCUAUUGAGGAAAUUUCAUUUUUCAGUUUAAUCAUGUUAUUAGUUGAUUAAUAUUAUGCUGUUCAAUAUGAAUGCCAACAAUUUGUUAUGAAUGAUUAUUAAUAUUAUUAUGAGACAUGAUUUUAUAAAAAAAAAACUAAUAAAGUAUAAAUAUAUAUUUAUUUCCAUGGCUAUAAUUAACACAUAGUACAUGUACAUUUGUUCAAUAGUUAUUACUUAUUACUAACAAAUAUCAUUAUAAACACAUUAUAAAAAUAUAACAAGAAUACGCACACAUGUAUAUUCUAUCUCACUCAGUUCUACUUGGGUGACAAGGGUAAACAUUUGUUGAGCAGAACUUUGGUUUUAUAGUAAAAGCACCAAUAAUAAAAUUAAAAGUGGAUAUUUCAGAGAACAAGUAGGUUUUUUUUAAAUAAAAGUACAGUCAUUUGAAGAUGCUAAAAUAUUCGUUAUUUAUUAAUGAAGUAUUGAGUUAUAUUUGAAAUAAUUGGGGGGGAAACACAUAUUUUUGACUUCUGAAAUAUUGUCACUCAUUUAAUUUUAUAAUAAUAGAUGCUCUUACUCUAAAACCAAAAUAAUUAGGCAAAUUUUACUUAAUCCAUAAAAAAAAAACGUUUUUUUUUUUUUGUGUUGCCUAUUAGAUUACCUUGGACAGCAUAUAUGGGUAUGGCGUCCUUUUAGUAUUGAAUAUAAACUAUAAUAUUCAAAAUUUGUAUAAAAUAAAAUUUGAUCACAAAUUGUAACCUCUGGCAGAUUGCAGUCUACUAUUGUGUUUGAGCAGAAACAUAAAACUCUUUUUGAUUCCACCAACAGUCUUUUUUUUACCCAGUGCUAUGAGACCCUGUUUGGCUUUAACCCUCCAACAGUAAUACCUCCAUAAAACAAAAAUAGCCACCACAGACAAUACAACUGUGAUAAUUGUUAAUGGUAGAAAUAAACCAGUGAAAAAUCCAUUAAUUGCUAAUGUUUCGUUAGAUGUUUUUGUAUUGAUCACUAACGAUUGUAACCAUUCAUAUUCAUUUUCAUCUUUAUGAGAAGGAUCACUUUUUAAUUUUUGUGUUUUAAAAUUUUCACUAUAAAAAAUUAUACUAUUAAUAAAAUAUAAAUAUAAAAGUAAAAAAAAACUAACCUAUUUGAUGAUAUAUUUAAAACUAUGGUCUUGGCCAAAUUAAUAGCAAUGCAUGAAACAAUAGGUAAUUGUAUAAUGCCUAAAUCACUUUUGCCAAUAACUUUAGAAAAU